AUGGAUGCGUUAAAUUUGUUUAAGAAUAUGUCUGGUCUUGUUCCGAGCAUGGCCAAAAGUACUGUCUUUUUUGGUAAUGUAACGGACCUGGUCAAACAACGAAUUCUUGCUAUCAUGCCGUUUGAGGAGGGAAGCUUGCCGGUUCGAUAUCUUGGAGUGCCACUUAUUUCCACUCGGCUCCAAUAUAAAGAUUGUAAGCAGCUAGUAGAACGAAUGGAUGCUAGAAUUUCAGAUUGGAAAACCAAAUGCUUAUCGUUUGCAGGUAGACUUCAAUUGAUUCGUUCGGUUCUUUCUUCGUUGCAUAUUUAUUGGGCUUCGGUAUUUAUUUUACCGAAAAGGAUUAUAAAAGAUUUAGAAGACAAAAUGAAGCGGUUUUUGUGGGCUCAAGGAGGUAACAUAAAAGGAAAGGCCAAGGUGAAAUGGAAGUCAGUUUGUGUGCCUAGAUGCGAAGGAGGGUUGGGGAUUCGUCGAGUGGGAGAUAUGAAUAGUGUGUUGAUGUCUCUUCAUGUUUGGAGCGUGCUUACCCACCGUGAGUCGCUUUGGGUAAAAUGGAUUCACUCAUAUCGCUUUCAGAAUAGAUUGUUUUGGGAAAUUCCAGUAAAGGGUAAUAUAACUUGGAGCUGGAGGAAGAUGCUGAGUUUGCGACCAAUGUUACGAAACUAUAUUUGGAUCGAGAUAGGUGAUGGAUCUAACACGCUGGUUUGGUUCGAUAAAUGGGAUGCGGUUUGCCCUAUUGGCAAUAUUGUGACACCUAGAAUGAUUGCUAAUGCGGGUUUUAACAUGGAGACAAAGUUAGCGGAGGUUCAUUCACAUGGUGAAUGGCGAUGGCCUACUCAAUGGGUUGUGCGGUUUCCUGCCUUAGCAACCUUGCGGCAUAUCAUAUUGAAUGCUAAUCAUCGAGAUAAGCUUGUUUGGAAGACUAGAGAGGGUAUACAAGUGGAGUUUAGUUCAGCGUCGGUUUGGGAUGACGUCCGAACAGCUCAGAACGAGGUGCAAUGGGAGAAGGUCCGGACUCUCAUGAACAUUUGUUUUUUUGAAUGCGGCUAUGCAUCGGAGGUGUGGAAUGAAGUGAAGGUAAAAGCUGAUAUGGGUGCAAUUACAAACCAGUGGCAUGCUAUAUUUGAUUACUUGGUGGGUAUAGCAAACUCGAAGAAGGCUUCUCAUGCGAUCGCUAAACUUGUGGUGAGCGCGGCGGCAUACUUUGUAUGGGAUGAGAGGAACCGAAGAUUAUUCACGACCAAGCGAAGAAAUAAGACGUAG